AUGAGAAGCCUCAAGAGAAGAAUCUUGGCCUUAACUCGCAAGCGUGAGACUUACGGCAUAGGCAACUUGAGUGAGCCUCCUCGAGAAGGAGGGAAUGUUUCAAGUUUGAGGGUGAGGGAACUUCGACGUGCUAGAUCUAUCGAUCAGGAAGAGCUUGUAGUUGGUCUGGAAGACGAUGCUAAGAUUCUUUUGGAAAAGCUUCUUGCUGAUGAUGAUGGAGAUAGAAAGAGAUAUAUGAUUUCCAUAUUCGGCAUGGGAGGUCUCGGAAAGACUGCUCUUGCUAGGAAGCUAUACAACUCGGGGAAUGUGAAGAGAAGGUUCGAAUACCGCGCGUGGACUUACGUUUCUCAAGAGUAUAAAACAAGAGAUAUACUCAUGAGAAUCAUAAGAUCUCUGGGAGUAGUUUCAGCAGAAGAAACCGAGAAGAUGAGGAUGUAUGCAGAGGAGGAGUUGGAAGUUUACCUUUAUAGCCGUCUACAAGGGAAAAGAUAUUUGGUAGUGGUAGACGAUAUAUGGGAGAGAGAAGCGUGGGACAGCUUAAAGAGAGCGUUACCAUGUAAUAGCAACGGAAACAGAGUCAUCAUCACUACGCGUAUCAAAGCCGUGGCUGAAGGUGUGGACGAGAGAGUCUACGCCCAUAAGUUAAGGUUCUUGACGUUUGAAGAAAGCUGGAAGCUGUUUGAACAGAAAGCAUUUAGGAAUAUGCCAUGUGGCAGUGUCAACGAAGAUCUAAACAAGAUGGGUAAAGAAAUGGUUAGAAAGUGCAGUGGGUUACCGCUUGCUAUUGUUGUUCUUGCUGGGCUUUUGUCAAGGAAGAGGCCCAGCGAGUGGACUGAUAUGUGUGCGUGUUUAUGGCGAAGACUAAAGGACAACUCUAUUCACAUCUCCACUGUGUUUGAUCUAAGCUUCAAGGAGAUGCAACACGAGUUGAAACUUUGCUUUCUCUAUCUUAGCAUCUUUCCUGAGGACUAUAAGAUCGAUGUGGAGAAGCUGAUACACUUACUUGUAGCGGAAGGUUUUGCACAAGAGGAUGAUGAGAUGACGAUGGAAGACACGGCUCGGUAUUAUAUCGAAGAGCUAAUAGAUAGAUGUUUGGUGAAAGCUGAAGUAAUAGGAAGAAGAGGAAAAGUAUUGUCUUGUAGAGUCCAUGAUCUUCUUAGGGACGUGGCUAUCAAGAAAGCAAAGGAGCUUAAUUUCGUACACGUUUAUAACGAGAAGCAGACUUCCUCUUCUUCUAGUAACUACAGAAGAGAAGUGGUUCACCAACUUAUGAACAGCGACUACUUGUGCGACAGACGUGUUAACAAACAGAUGCGAUCCUUCUUGUUCUUCGGAGAGCGGAAGGGGGUAACGCUGGAAAGCUAUGUUGACGCCAUUACCUUGAAACUGAAUCUACUUCGGGUGCUUAAUCUCGGAGGGCUUCAGUUUGUAUGCAAAGGAAGUAUCUCAUUGAGUUUACCGGAUGUGAUAGGGGAGUUAAUUCACUUGAGGUACCUUGGGAUCGCUCAUACUGGUCUUAGAUGUUUACCAGCUACAAUCUCCAACUUACAGAUUCUACAGACGCUAGAUGCAUCUGGCUACUCCAACAAGUUUGAACAAACAACCGAUCUGUCUAACCUCACAUCACUGAGGCAUCUCAUGGGAAGAUUCACCGGGAAACUGAUGAUAGGCAAAGCUGUUAACCUUCAGACCUUGAGGUGCAUCUCUUCUUACAGCUGGAGCAUACUAAAACAUGAGUUUCUCCAAAAUCUUCGGGAACUAGAAAUUAAUGAUUCCAAGCCGGUGAAUAGAACAGCUCCUGUGGACUGGGCUUCCUUCUCUAAACUGACGCAUCUUCGUGUCCUUAAGCUAGAGGUCGAAGCCUUCACGUUAACUUCUAAGUCAGAAGAGGCAGUUAAAGUCAUGGGUUUAGUGUUUCCCAGUCUUGAGAGUCUGACACUUGUCGGGUCAGAGCUAGAGGAAGACCUAAUGCCUGCUUUGCAGAAACUUCCAAGACUGGAAGAUCUUGUCCUUAAAGAUUGUCAAUGGCCGGAAGGGAAUAUGAGAAUCAGAGCACAAGGUUUUGGUCUGCUCAGGAAAUUUGAAUUGAUCAAUGUCACCUUACAUGAGUUGCAGAUCGACGAAGAAGCCAUGCCCAGUUUGAUGGAGCUGAAUCUGAGGCCCAAUGGCCGACCAAGGAAGGUAAUGAUUCCAGGUCGUUUGCGAGCGUUUGCUCAAGGUUUCUACAUAACCUGCGAAUAAAUUUUAUCAAACGAAGAGAAAUGAAGCUAUUAUGAUUGAUUGGUGUUUUUGAAGUAUUAUUAUGGUUUCAUGAGUUGCAUAAUCAGAUAUAAUCUAAUUGCAAUAAAUAAAUUAUGAAUUAGUAAGAUAUUGUAAAAAUAUCUCUUUUAUUUUAAUUAAUUAUUUGUAGAUUUAAAUAGUUAUGUUUAAUUUAAGGGGGUUCUAGA